UGCUGCUGGCCGCGAGUUAUCGCGCCGCAGUCCUCCUGUUCCAGUAAUCGUGCUAAUUCAGUGCCAGAAAAUGCGUAUCGAAUUCUUCGUGUUCCUGUGUCUAUCGACGCUGUCAUCGCCGAUCACAUGCGAAUACGUUUCUUCUAUCGUCAGCAGUCCUGGCGUCUACUUUGAUAAGCUUCUAGACAUUAAGUUUACUAAUAGUGAUUGGAAUGUUAUAGCAUAUGUUGAUAUAGGUCAUGUACAACCUAAUUUAGAUAAGGUCGAAUUUUUAUUUGAAAAGCUCAAUGUAUUCUGCAACUCGUUAGCUUCCUCUAAGAUACAGUCCGACUGUAUCAAUUCGUUGUCCGCUCUAAAAAAUCGUCAUAUUCUUAACGUUAGUAAGUUUUCUUCCGUAUCUUAUUUAUUGGUCGACGAAAAACCCCAUAUGCGUUUUAGAGGUCUCAUGGACUUCGGUGGCUCUCUCCUUAAAACUAUUUUUGGCACUUUGGAUUCUGAAGACGCGGUGAGAUUUUCGAAAGCCAUAGACGAAGUACAAACUGAUGAGAAACGUCUCGCUCAUCUCAUGAAAGAUAACAUUCAUGUAAUUAAGUCGACCAUAUCAUAUUUCAAUAACACGAUAUCUAAGGUCAACGAAAACGAAAACCACAUUUUAAGGAACAUGGAAACAAUCCAUAAAAUACUAGAAACUGUUGUGAAUAGUAACAACAAGCUAGAAAUUAAAUCUGAAUUAAGUUCCUUAUUAAAUUCAUUAGAGUCUAUUAUAAUGACUUUGUCUUUUGAUAUCGAAGAUAUUAACAAUGCCAUUCUAUUCGCAAAACUCAACGUGUUGCAUCCCACUGUACUCAGUCCACACCAAUUGUACAGUGAGUUAGAUAAGCAUAGGAAUAAUCUUCCUAGCCAUUAUGAACUUCCCGUUCCUUUAACGCUACAAAAUAUACACAAUCUUAUUGACAUUUCACAACUUGUGUGCUUUUUCCAUUUAAAUAAGGUAAUUAUUGUCGUCAAGAUCCCUCUCGUAUUACCUCAGGUGUAUGACCUGUAUAGGAUCAUUCCCUUACCUGUUCCCUACGAUAUGUUGAAACCAGAUACCUACAUUCUUAUCGAGCCAACUAGCUCAUAUGUAGCAAUCACAGCUGAUCGCAUGUUUUAUUCACUUAUCGCAGACAUAGACAAGUGCAAGUUAAUAAGUGAUAAGUGUUACGUGUGUGUGUUAACUAAUGUGUUUUCAGCAAUCGCUAACCCUACGUGUGAAACGAUUCUCUUAAGUGAUGUGAUUAGCAAACUUCCUGACAUUUGUGUUACAAAACUUAUUCACGGUUCAAUUGAUCUAUUUCAUAAGUUAACUUUAAAUCGUUGGAUUUUUGUACAAUCUGAACCUGGCAAGUGUCAUGUAACUUGUAAUGAUAAAGACAUAAGUUCUGACGUUAUUUUGUUUGGUACUGGUAUCUUGUCUUUGCCUAGAAACUGUAAGGCUUUUUACAAGACAUUGCAAUUCGCCGCUGUUGGCGAAACAGUUAUUGGAAAUGUAACCAAUAAAAUAUCAAAUUUCAACAUCUUACAAGAUGAUUGUUGUGAGCGAUCUAAGUUAAAUAAAACUCUAGAACGACUACCUUACUCAAAGUUAAAUAACUUAGAUAAUCUUGAUUCUCUGCUGCAAGCCAGUAUUCACUUGAACUCUUUUGAAGAAGAGAUCAAUAAGAUAGAAAAUCCAUCUCAUUUUCAAAUGUAUAGCACUCACUAUUUGUCUUUUAGUUUAUGCAUCUCGAUGUUAACCUUAUUUUACAUUUUAUAUAAGAGUCGUAAGUUACUUUGUCGUACUAAUGCCCCAUGUUGCAUUCAGAUAUUUAACCAAUGUCAUAACACAAAAAAUAACUCGGUUCCAACCUCUCAAACUGUAUUUCAUGGUGAUACAAUAGCACCCGUCAAUAAGGACGAGUCAGAGUCUACAGAGGACUUACGAGUGACGCCAACCCCUAUUAAAAGGAAUAUUCUGUUUGGCAAGACUCAUGAUAAUUAACUUGUAAUGAAUGCACAUGGUUUGUAAUUAAGUAAUAAUUUUCUUUCUUUUCAUAUUGUCAUCUUGAUUUAUCUAGAUUUUAAUAAUUGCUCUUAUUAAUCAAUAAUGUUUAAUUGUUUAAAUACUUUUAUUGUUAACUCUAAUCUCGAUUUCCUUGCAUCCUAAAUAAUGAUAAAUGUAGUUAAUAAUUAUUAUUUUUGAGUAACUUUUCUAUCCUUAACGUAUUGAUGUCUUUUGAAAUUAGUUGUUAUUUUUGGUGUUUAAAUAUGUUUCUUUUGUUUAUUGUAAUGUCCGACGUAAAUCCACUUAAGCAUACGCGAUUUAGCAUACAUGAUUUAGCAUACAUCAAUCCUGACAUCUCUCAUCACUUUGAGAUGUGAUGAUCGAUCUUAACGGGGGGGUUGUUAUAUCGAAAUAACCCCUGUUACCAAUAUAAAAUUAAAUUGCUGAGUUUCCCAUUGCAUUGACGUCAAUGCAAUAGGAAACCGAUGUUAUUUUAAUUAGCGAUAAUAAUAUUUCUUCAGUUUUGGAUUGGACUUCCGUCGGGCAACUUUCUUUCUAUUUUCUUGUGAUUCUAAUUAUUUUUCAAUACAUUUUUAUUUUAGCCAAUUAAAUAGUUUUUUUUAAAAACCAUUUUCCGACCCACUCCGUAACA